GCGGCCGGGGGCUCGCUCACCCCGCGGGCGGAGCAGCCGGUGCGGGCUUGGGGCCGGGAUCCUCCUCCCGCUCCCUACGCGCCCUUCCCACGUCAGGCGGCGGGAGCGGGAGGCAGCGCCCAGCGCCGCCGUUGCCAGAGACUCGGCGGCCGCCGGACGGGGCGGACGUCGGGGCGGUGACUCCCGGCGCGGUGACUCCCGGCUCGGCCCGGCUCCCGGCAGGGGGGUGGAGAGGAGGGCGCUAUGGCCGACGUAUUCCCGGGCUCGGAGCCCGGCGCGGGCCCGGACGCGGCUCGGCGCUUCGCUCGCAAGGGGGCCCUGAGACAGAAGAACGUACACGAGGUGAAGGAGCACAAAUUCAUCGCCCGCUUCUUCAAGCAGCCCACCUUCUGCAGCCACUGCACCGACUUCAUCUGGGGCUUUGGGAAGCAAGGAUUUCAGUGCCAAGUUUGCUGUUUUGUAGUUCAUAAGAGAUGCCAUGAGUUUGUUACCUUCUCCUGUCCUGGGGCUGACAAGGGACCUGACACUGAUGAUCCCAGAAGCAAGCACAAAUUUAAGAUCCACACCUAUGGGAGCCCAACCUUCUGUGACCACUGUGGGUCCCUGCUUUAUGGGCUCCUGCACCAAGGGAUGAAAUGUGACACCUGUGAUAUGAAUGUUCAUAAGCAAUGUGUAAUAAACGUCCCCAGCCUCUGUGGCAUGGACCACACAGAGAAAAGAGGAAGGAUUUAUCUGAAAGCUGAAGUCACUGGUGACAAACUGGAAGUAACAGUGCGAGAAGCCAAAAACCUCAUUCCCAUGGAUCCAAAUGGACUUUCAGAUCCUUAUGUUAAACUGAAGCUGAUCCCAGACCCCAAGAAUGAAAGCAAACAGAAAACAAAAACCAUCCGUUCGACUCUGAAUCCCGACUGGAACGAGGCAUUCACCUUCAAAUUAAAACCUACAGACAAAGACCGCCGGUUAUCCGUGGAGGUCUGGGACUGGGAUAGAACCACCAGAAAUGAUUUCAUGGGAUCUCUUUCCUUUGGGGUGUCAGAGCUGAUGAAAAUGCCAGCCAGUGGAUGGUACAAGCUGCUGAAUCAAGAGGAAGGUGAAUAUUAUAAUGUCCCAAUUCCAGAUGCUGAUGAAGAUGGAAAUGCAGAGCUCAGGCAGAAGUUUGAGAAAGCCAAACUUGGGCCAGCUGGUAACAAAGUCAUUACCCCAACAGAAGACAAGAACUCAAGUGUCCCAUCCAACAACCUGGACAGGGUGAAGCUGACAGAUUUCAACUUCCUCAUGGUCCUUGGCAAGGGGAGCUUUGGGAAGGUGAUGCUGGCAGACAGGAAGGGGACAGAGGAGCUCUAUGCAAUCAAAAUCCUGAAAAAAGAUGUGGUGAUUCAGGAUGAUGAUGUUGAAUGUACAAUGGUUGAGAAGAGAGUCCUGGCACUGCAAGAUAAACCUCCAUUCCUGACACAGCUUCACUCUUGCUUCCAAACAGUUGACCGUCUGUAUUUUGUUAUGGAAUAUGUGAAUGGGGGUGAUCUCAUGUAUCACAUUCAGCAAGUAGGAAAAUUUAAGGAGCCACAAGCAGUGUUCUAUGCAGCUGAGAUCUCCAUUGGGUUAUUCUUCCUCCACAACAGAGGCAUCAUUUAUAGAGAUCUGAAAUUAGAUAAUGUGAUGUUGGAUUCAGAAGGCCACAUAAAAAUUGCUGAUUUUGGGAUGUGCAAAGAACAUAUGUUAAAUGGAGUAACAACCAGGACCUUCUGUGGCACUCCAGACUACAUUGCACCAGAGAUUAUUGCUUACCAGCCCUAUGGAAAAUCUGUGGAUUGGUGGGCAUAUGGAGUGCUGCUCUAUGAGAUGUUGGCUGGCCAGCCUCCUUUUGAUGGAGAAGAUGAAGAUGAACUUUUCCAGUCCAUAAUGGAGCAUAAUGUUUCCUAUCCAAAAUCCCUGUCCAAAGAAGCUGUCUCCAUCUGCAAGGGGCUAAUGACAAAACAUCCUGCCAAACGCCUUGGCUGUGGUCUGGAAGGUGAAAGAGACAUCAGGGAACAUGCUUUCUUCAGGAGGAUUGACUGGGAAAAACUGGAAAACAGAGAGAUUCAGCCACCUUUCAAACCUAAAGUGUGUGGCAAAGGUGCUGAAAACUUUGAUAAAUUCUUCACACGAGGACAGCCAGUGUUGACACCUCCAGACCAGCUGGUCAUAGCUAACAUAGACCAAACAGAUUUUGAAGGGUUCUCUUAUGUCAACCCCCAGUUUGUACACCCCCUUGUAGAAAAUGUAGCAUGAGAUGGCAGAGCAGGACCCAAUCCCGUGGUGGGGAAGGGUCCUUAACCCUACAAUUUUUAGGCUUUUGCCUUGUCGAUUCCAUUUGGGCCUGGAAGUUGUAGGGUUAGCAAGUGUAAGGCAGGGGAAAGGCCACUGAUUGAGGAUUCUGGCUUUAUGAGAGUGAUGUUGUCUUAAGGGGGGAGAAAUUCAGGUACGGUGCCCACUUACUCUUCUAGAAGUCACCACUGAUUCCUCUGAACUUCCCCAUUUUUUGGUACGUUGGAUAUUUUUCUAACUUCCCACUCUCCUUUCGCUCCCUUUUUUCCACUCUGCUGGGUUGGAAAUGCUCUAACUCGUGCUCUGAAAUCAAAAAACCCACCUGGGAUAUUUGGGGCUUGGAUGCUGGGAGGUGGGAACGUUGGGGACCGCUCCUCUUCCUGGUGGCAUCAGGGACACGAGCAGCACCAGAGACUGAAACAGCAGCACCAGGGAGGAGAGAGGCCCCAAAAAUGGUUGAAAGUGUUUGAAAAAUGGGACAGGAACAAGUUGGGAGUGGGUGGAAGAGGGGGAAAAAAUCAAAUUAGACCCUGAGGCUUCAUGAACUGAUCCCAAAAGUUGAAACCCACGGGAGCGGUGGCCGAUCCCUGGGAUCUUUGCUGAGUAGCAUGUGAUAAACUCAAGGGUGAAAUUCUGUCUUUAAUAAUAAUAAUAAUAAUAAUAAUAAUAAUAGUAAUAAUUUUAAUAAUAUUUUUGUGAAUUUUAAUCUCCAUGAGAUUAUUCUGUGAUCCAGGGUGCCACUGUUUGUUCAGUUAAUUUAAUUUACACCACGCCUCCCGUUGACUCUUAAACCAGUUCUACUACCAAUGUUUUACUCUGGAAUUUGUUAACCUGGAAUGUCAAUCAAAAACUGUGUUCUCUUAAAUCUUCUUUUCACUUGUUUAUUUAUAGUCUGCAGAAUAGGGCAGUCAAUUGAAGAAAGCAUAAUUACACUAAAUUAACAAAAAACACAGCCCCAAGUAUUUUGAUUUCUCCAGAACAACUCAUGAAAAUCAAGUGAGAUUUUGACUUAAAAUAAUUAGGUUUGCUUCCCAAAACCUCGGGCUGUGGAAGCACCUCCAACUCGUUUUAUUGGUAGAAAGAAAUUUAAUACAUUUUCCAUAUGCUCCAUGCAAUGAAUGUUGCAUGUUUAGUAAUAACUCUUAAUAAUAAGGGUUAAUAAUAAGCAGAUCUGUAUUACUGACAUAAUCCUCUCAAGCAUAAGGAGUAUGAUAAAAAUUUUAUAAAACAAAUCGUGCUUUACUUGUGAAAGUUCUUGUUCUGAAUGACAUCAUUUCAAGUCAGCUAAAUGUUUUAUUGCUAUUGUUUGGGUUUUUACUUUUGGUUUGGGAUAUUGUUAUCAGCUUCGGGUAUAAAACCUCUUUUUUUAAAAGUAGAUCAACUUUUAAACUCUAAUUGCUACCUGCAGGUUUUAUACAAGGUUCUCUUAGGCUUUUGUUUCACGUCUGCUUCUUACUUACAGAAAAGGAAAUAGACUUUAUUUGCAAUGAUGAACCCUGUAAUUAAUGCAAUCUUCUCCUCUCCUAUCACUUAGAGACAAAAUUUUGAUAUUUCCUCUUACAACUUAGAGAUUCAUUCAAAUAUCAGUGUAAAAAAGAAAAAAAAAAGCAGAUUUUGAUUUUGUUACAGGAUGUAAAAUAGUAGUCAGUGCAUUUUCCUUUGGUUUUUUUUGCCUUCUGCCCUGUUGCUCUUGGCAGCCAGGGGCACUUUGUGUCUGUCUGAUGUGCAUGAUGAUGCCAGAAGCAUGAAGUCUCUGUUGCUGCAUGCAGACUGAUUACAGUUUUUUCCAGCAUGUAAACAUAUUUAAAAAAAAAAAAAAAAAAAGUAAGAUAUUUGCCAUAAAACACUUAAA